AUGCAUCGACGCCUCCUGUUUGAGCUGCUGCUCCUUUACGCCAAGUACUGGUACUCUGACGCUGUGCAGCAGCAGCGCACGGCCUUGCCGCAAGGCCUUUCCCCCUUCUUCGCGAGGCUCGCAGUAAUUGCAGGACUCGCAGCCCAGCACAAAAAGACGACUGACUGGCCCCUCCACUGCAAUUUCAAGAGCCUGAUUAUGCGCUUCCGGAGACCGAUGGAGCUUCCCGAACUGGCCUCUUUCAAAGACCUAAAGACCAAGAGCCAAGUCGAUGACUUGCCUCCUGCAUUAGUGCGGUACUCGUAG